CAAAUGAUCCAAAAGAAAUUGUACGCCAUAACGAUUCGAAAUUUUUUUGUAGUUAAUGUUGUGGUUUUAGAUCGAUUUCUUCUUCUAGGAACUUGUUAUAAUUAUUGAUUUUUUUCAAAUUUUAGCAUGGAUAAUAAAAAUAAUAAUCGAUCUUCUGGUUGUAAGCGAAAAAAUCACGUUCUGGAUGAAGUCGACACUAAUCGUCAACCAGUUAAUGAUAUUCAUAAUGUUAUUAAAUCAAAAAAAUUAAAACGUUCAAAAGAGAAUAUCAGUUCCAAAGAAAAUUUUCCAAACGAUUUAACGCCAUCAAGUUCACGAUUUUCUUCAACAUAUGAAAACAUUACUCCUUUACCAAAUCUAAAUUUCGCCGAUUCAGUUGAAGUUUGGAAUAUAAUGCUAAAAUGCGAUAAUUCAUAUAAACGUGAUUCUAAUCUAUUUAAUCGUCAUGUAUCACUUCAACCAACAAUGCGAGCUACAUUGCUCGAUUGGUUGAAUGAAGUUUGUCAAGCAUAUAGUUUAACCAGACAAACCUAUUAUCUUGCAUUAGAUUUUUUCGAUCGUUUCCUAUCAAUUCAAAAAGAUUGUCCAAAAAAGAAUCUUCAACUAAUAGGAAUAACAUGUCUAUUUAUUGCGGCGAAAAUUGAAGAAAUUUUUCCACCCAAACGAAAUCGAUUCUCGUUUGUUUGUGAUGGUGCCUGUAGUGAUAAAGAAAUAUUCGAUAUGGAACUAGUCAUCAUGAACACACUAGAAUGGAAUCUUCGUCCAAUCACACCUAUCGCAUGGCUUAGUGCAUUCUUUAAAGUUUAUACAUUUUCUGAAAAAGAAAAUACAAACAACAAAUCAAGGCAACAAGUGAAUGAAUCAUUUUUAAUUCCAGAUUAUGAAUCCGAAUUAUUUGUUCAUGUUGCACAUCUUAUUGAUCUUUGUACAUUAGAUGCUGGAUCAUUAACAUUUCAAUAUUCUGUGAUAGCUGCUUCAGCAUUUUAUCACUUUACAGACGAAGAUGUUGUAUUGCAUUGCACAGGAAAAACACUUAAUGAAUUACAAUCAUGUGUCGAAUGGAUGGUACCAUUUGCAAUUGCAAUCAAAAAUGUUGGACUCAGUUUUCUUAAAGAUCUGAAUAACGAAAAAUCUAUGAUUCAAACUCAUACAAUCAGCCUCGAACUAUUACAUAAUGCACAAACUAUUCAGGCCGAUAUUGAAGCAGAAAAAUUAACAAUAUUCGAAUCUUCUGAAGCCAGUUCUUUGUGUCCAAUGACACCAUCAAAAAUGGCGAGUAUGCCACCAACGCCACCUCGAAGUACUGGAACUUCAUAAAUGUAUUUUUACCAUUUUAAUUUCAUCUGAUAUUUUAUCAUCGAAAAACAAAUUCCAAUCUUAGUUUUUUUAGGAAUGAAAUUUAUUUUUU